UACAUUGGUCUGUUCAGCUAACAUGCUGGUUUUUUCCUGCACUGGCCCUGACACAGUCAGCCUGCAGUGUGGAACAAACUGUACUGUUGGUUGGUUGUGUACAUUUGUGCUGCUGUUUCACUUUCUUCUUUAGAUCGAGCACAUUCUUUUAACCAACAGCAGUAUACUAAUGACUGCAUAGGCACUAUAAUGAAUUUGUCUGUGCUCAAGAGGAUUCACCAAGCAAGAAGCUUAUUUCUGAUGUAACCCCCCCAGGAGCUCUACCACACAAACCCUCCAAUGUCUAUUGUUGAGGCCGGGGGUUUCUUUCUGCUGUUCUCUCCCUGGCUCAAGCAAUGCUGGGUUUUGAUCUUUUCACAGCAGCCUUUAGCUAUUGUGACUUGGCCACCAGGGGGCCCAUGGCCCAACAAAGGACGAUUGGAGUGAACUACUGGGGGAAACGGUUUUUAUUCUGGCCAAAGAUCUGAGGGAAUGCAGAACAGCCGUAAGGCUGGUAGAAGCAGGCUGAAGAGUUUCUCCGUCUUGGCUCUCAUUCCACGCUGAAACUUCAGGGUAGCCUCCCCUGCUCCCUGCCCUCUCAAUAGCCCGAGUCAAAGCGUGGGAUUUCCCCCCUCCUUUUCUCCCAAUUUGCAGUGCUUUGUGAGUCGCCUUCUUUCUGCAUCUUCCUCCCUAUCUGUGCAGAAGGAAGGAUGGCUUUGCCUUGGACAAUUAUGCUUCUGCUUCCUUUCCUGCAGCCUCUGGAGACCACGGUGAAGGAAGGCGCUGCCCCGUUUCUUCAAGAGCCCUAUACCUACUCCAGGAGGGUGCAGAGAGCUGGAGAUGGUCAUUUAACAAGGCACUUUGUCUCAAAAGAUGCACUGCUGGAAACACCCGGGGAACUGGGCAGACUGAGGUGGCCAGGAUCCGCUGGCAAUUACUGGGGGAGACAGCUCUCAGAAGAGCAACUGAGAUGGAGGAGGACUCGCAGGGGAACAGAGGAUGAAGAGUCCAAGCCCGUCCAGCAGUAUGUUCCGGGAGUAAAAGUGGAGUUUCCUCGGCCUAUGAAUCCUGGCAGCUUACGACCCACCAAGGCCCUGGUGCCAUCCAGCACAGAUCCAUCUGACCACCACCAAAGGAGCCCAGCAAUCCAUGGUGGCACAGAACCCCAAGACAAUAUGACUGUGGCAUCAGGAAAGCGCCCUCAGAUCCAAAACCCUCUGUACCCAGUGACAGAGAGCUCUUACAGUGCCUAUUCUGUCAUGUUCCUGUCCCUAAUUGUCUUUGCUGUGGGCAUCAUUGGGAACCUCUCUGUGAUGUGCAUCGUCUGGCACAACUACUACAUGAAAAGCGCCUGGAACUCCAUCUUGGCCAGCCUUGCCUUCUGGGACUUUCUCAUCCUCUUCUUCUGCUUGCCAGUGGUCAUCUUCAAUGAGAUCACCAAGAAGAGGCUGCUGGGGAACAUCUCCUGUCGCAUUGUGCCUUUCAUGGAGGUGUCUUCCUUGGGCGUAACCACCUUCAGCCUCUGUGCCUUGGGCAUUGACAGAUUCCAUGCAGCCACCAGUCCUCAAGCCAAGCUACGGCCCAUUGAGCACUGCCACUCCAUCAUUGCCAAGCUGGCUGUCAUUUGGGUGGGUUCCAUGACCCUUUCUGUCCCAGAGAUCCUCCUCUGGCAGCUGGCGCAAGACACCUCACCAGUCUCUGGUGUAGUGACUGACUACUGCACCAUGAAACCUUCCCAGGAGCUGCCAGAAUCUGUUUACUCUCUGGUUCUCACUUACCAGAAUGCCAGGAUGUGGUGGUACUUCGGAUGCUACUUCUGCCUGCCCAUCCUCUUCACUGUCAGCUGCCAGCUGGUCACCAGAAGGGUCAGCAGCCCAGAGAAAACAGAUUGUCGUGGCAGCAAGCAUGGGCAGUGUGAGAGCCAACUCAAUUGCACGGUGAUUGGCCUGACAGUAAUUUAUGGCCUCUGCACAAUUCCCGAGAAUGUCAGCAAUAUCGUUGUGGCUUACCUAUCUCCCGAUAUGGCUAAGCAGACCUUGGACCUUCUAAGCCUCAUCAACCAGUUCUUCUUGUUCUUCAAGUGCUCAGUGACUCCUGUGCUGCUGCUAUGCCUCUGCAAACCACUGGGUCAGGCCUUCAUGGACUGCUGUUGUUGCUGUUGCGAGGAGUGUGGUCAGGAAGCUGCCUCCGGUGAUGGUGGCUCCGAUGGCAAGCUGAAAACCGAGAUGUCCUCUUCCAUCCUUUUUGACAAGCACCAGGAGUCACCUACACCUGCGGGGGCCGUGGGCACCCCAUGCUAAGCUCAAUCCGCUGAGCAGGGAGCAUCAGCAGUUCUUCCACCAGCUUCUUCCCAAGACCAAAAGUUGUUUUUCUUGUUAGUAUCAAUUGCUGAAGUGGCUGGACAGUGGAGAUGGGGCAGGUGUCACCCAUGUGCUUGUUCCAACACCAGCUCCAACCAGAGUGACUUAGUUAUGAGGCCUCACAGACAGCUCUCUCAUCUCUGCCAAGGGUGUGAAUAAUCCCAAGUCCCCCAGAUCCCAGGCAUGACCAGAGAGGCUGCUGCUCUGAAUGAGUGGGAUGCUGAGCAAAGUUCCACCUAUAGCCCCUCAAGGACUUGAGAGACUCCAGUGUCUUAGAGAGGACAUAGUACAAAUUAACCUAUCUUGCACUCAUGCAGGAUCUCACUGUCUCCUUACACUCCAGUCCCCAGAGACAGCCUCAUAUACAAGACAAGCACUAUCCUAGCCUCAAUAAACCAAUACUCUAGAUAGUAAAAACAAAUGUUAU